GCCUCCUGUCUGAAGACCCAUUUUCUCUUUCUCAUUUGUUAGAAAAUGACUGACAUCCAGAACAUUUCGUUGGAUAGCCCUGGGAGCGUAGGGGCUGUGGCAGUGCCUGUGGUCUUUGCCCUCAUCUUCCUGUUAGGCAUGGUAGGCAAUGGGCUGGUGUUGGCCGUGCUGCUGCAGCCUGGCCCAAGUGCCUGGCAGGAGCCGGGCAGUACCACGGAUCUCUUCAUCCUCAACUUGGCGGUGGCCGACCUUUGCUUCAUCCUGUGCUGCGUGCCCUUCCAGGCGGCCAUCUACACACUGGACGCCUGGCUCUUUGGGGCUUUCGUGUGCAAGACGGUUCAUCUGCUCAUCUACCUCACCAUGUAUGCUAGCAGCUUCACCCUGGCGGCUGUCUCAGUGGACAGGUACCUGGCCGUGCGCCACCCGCUGCGCUCCCGGGCCCUGCGCACCCCGCGCAACGCGCGCGCCGCCGUGGGGCUCGUGUGGCUGCUGGCGGCGCUCUUUUCCGCGCCCUACCUAAGCUACUACGGCACGGUUCGCUAUGGCGCGCUCGAGCUCUGCGUGCCCGCCUGGGAGGACGCGCGGCGGCGCGCGCUGGACGUGGCCACCUUCGCUGCGGGCUACCUGCUGCCGGUGGCCGUGGUGAGCCUGGCCUACGGGCGCACGUUGUGCUUCCUGUGGGCCGCCGUGGGUCCCGCGGGCGCGGCGGCGGCAGAAGCGCGCAGACGGACGACCGGCCGCGCGGGGCGCGCCAUGCUGGCGGUGGCCGCGCUCUACGCGCUCUGCUGGGGCCCGCACCACGCGCUCAUCCUCUGCUUCUGGUACGGCCGCUUCGCCUUCAGCCCGGCCACCUACGCCUGUCGCCUGGCCUCGCACUGCCUCGCCUACGCCAACUCCUGCCUCAACCCGCUCGUCUACUCGCUCGCCUCGCGCCACUUCCGCGCGCGCUUCCGCCGCCUGUGGCCCUGCGGCCGUCGCCGCCACCGCCACCACCACCGCGUUCAUCGAGCCCUCCGUCGUGUCCAGCCGGCGUCUUCGGGCCCGGCCGGUUAUCCCGGCGACGCCAGACCUCGCGGUUGGAGUGUGGAUCCCAGAGGUGAUGCCCUGCGCGCUGGAGAGACUGGACUAACCCUGUCCGCCAGGGGACCCCAAUAACCCUGCCUGCUUGGACUCUAACAGCUGUCGGUCUGUCCUCUUCCCUGGGCAGCAGAAUGUCACCAAGUAGCAUCUAGGCCAUGGCAGCCUCGCCAGGCUUCACCGAAAAGCAGAGGCAAAGUUGCAGAGACACAUGGGUGGUUAAUAUUGGCCCACCUAAUUAGGCACAGGGUCCCAAAGCAGGCAGACUCAGCCCCUCUCCAGAGCCAGUCUAGCAGGACAACAGUCCAUUCACCUGGCCGUAGCAUCCACGCCCAGUUUUUCUGUCACCUUUGACUAGAUCCCUUUGGUCCCAAGCCCUGGCUUAACUUAAGUAUUCUCGGGGAGGGGGCAGACACUAAUUCAGGUACACCAGGCUGGCCUAGAACUGGCUACUGUAAAGAAGG